AUGGCCUUCGCCAAGUUCAGGGUGUCUCUCUCGCCCAUGGUGUUUUAAAUGUGCUCGCCUGAGCCCUUUGAAGGUCAAUCACAGAGCUGUCCAUCAGCGUUAAGCUUGUUAUUUUAGCGGCAUUGGACUGGGAAAGAGAAUGUCCCAUGUGCUUCUAACUUUAUUUGACAUAACUUCUAUUUGUCAACAUCAUUCUGAAGUGCGGUGAAACGAGCGAGAAACAGUCUUGUGACAUUGUGUCAGUUUGUACCAAGUCUGGCCAUGUAUCAGUCUGGGCACGUGGCUUCCUUGUUUGAAACAAAGCCAUUUGAAGGCCACAUCCGAUGACACUUCCUAAGUCAACAACCUGAUAGGUAGUCGGUGCUGGUGUCAAACUGAGAUCGCAGGCAGUCAACAAUUGGUGUGUAGAUUUGCAAUGACUGACCAUACAAUUCCUAUAAAGUAGGCUUGCUGUGAUCGUUGCAUAAACAGGGCAAUCUGAUUGAAUACCCCUGGAAAACCAAAGUGAGUGCCUUUGUGUGGAAAGCCAUGAGCAGGAAUUCAGUUGAGCACUGUGUACCAGUGUUUGCCAUCUAUACCCCACCUGAUAUGAUGACUUUUGAACGUCGCAUCGGACUAUGCGUCAAGGACCUUAUGGUAGCCAGUGCUGGUGUGGUUAAGAGCCAAACUGAGAUCGCAGGUAGUCAACAUUUGGGCCUUUGUGUAUAGAGUGGCAAUGAUUGACCCAUACAAGUCCUACGAACUAGGCUUGCUGUGAUCAUUGCAUAAGCUGGGCAAUCUCGACAUCUGCCAGGUGCAUGCAUGAUUGAAUGCCCCUGGAAAACCAAAGCGAGCGCCUUUCUGUGGAUGGAAAGCCAUCAGCAGGAAUUCAGUUGAGCACUGUGUACCAGUGUUUGCCAUCUAUACCCCACCUGAUAUGAUGACUUUUGAACGCCGCAUCGGACUAUGCGUCAAGGACCUUAUGGUGUGCUGGUGUGGUUAAGAACCAAACUAAGAUCGCAGGUAGUCUUGGACCGCUGUGUAUAGGUUUGAAAUGAUUGACCCAUACCAUACAAGUCGCACAAACUAGGUUUGCUGUGAUCGUUGCAUAAACUGGGCAAUCUCGACAUUUGCCAGUUGCAUGAUUCACAACGCAUGGGAAAGUCAGAGAAGAGAGUGCUUAGCAAAGCGUGAGAAGGUCAGUCGCCUGGCAAUGAUGUCAGGCUUACUUUUGGUCACAACACAUGGGGAAAGAUCAAGCAGCAUUUGUUCAAUUGCACUCCUUGCCACGACCAAAUGAAUUUCCAGGCUAUGGUGAUGGGUGCUUUGAUACGUUGAAUGAAGAUUGACCAUCUAGCAAGCUCUGGUUGGUAUCCACCCCAUCAGCAAAUGGAGCGAAGAAGGUAAACCGAGAUUGAUCGCUUCAAUGACCUUCGGUAGAGACUUCAUCACAUUCCCAUGUCGGAUUCCCAUCUCUCUGUAUUUGUAUUGGCUCUAGAGGUCCGCUCUGCCGGACUCCUGGUCGUGUAUCUUGUCGGAGAUGUGCUGCGAGACCGUGCGCGCCUGAUUCAGCCAGGUCGGUAGAAAGCAGCGUAUCCGUCCUGAGUCAGAAGAAACUGAACAGAUCGUGAGUUUGAUGCUCUAGUUCCCUAAAUGAUGUUGAAUGACCGAAUAACCUAGCAGCCACUGAAAGCGUUGGCAAUGAGACACUAUCCAAUUGAAUCUACUUACCAAAAUGCCCUCAAAAGAGCUGUUUUGCCCACGCAACGCAGCGCAAAACGGAUCUCUUCUUUUUGAACUUUCAACGGGGGACCUUUUAAGGCGCGAACCCCAAAGAAAGCCACAGACAGAGACGUGGUUUUCGUGGCAGCCCCGUGGAUUCGAGUUCUCUCCCACUUCAAAUGGCUCAAACAUCCUCUUCUGAAAGGAACAAGGCCUAACCACUCAUGCUCGAUUUGGUGCUGAUUUCUUUGGAGUUGAAUGCCUUUCGAUCAGGCUCUUGGAUUCCUAUUGAGGAUCGUUUUUCAUCCAACCUAUGCCACAGCAGCUGAUGCCGCAUCGGAGCCACUGUCACAAUGGUUCGUGCACCCACUUGUUUGACAUGCAACUAAUGUGUCCCAGAGCACCUGCAGCACUGGAGCUUCCCGCAACAGCAUUAUCCGGCAUUACGCCCGCAAUUCACCAGGAACCUUUGCACAGCAAUCGAGUUGUCGGAGAGUUCUGCAACAAGAGUGAUCAGCUUGGGGACAGUCAAGCUAUUGCAGACUGCUGCACAAAGCAUAGGUCAUCGAACGCAUUUCAAUACAGCUGGGUAUAUAUUUGAGACUUCCGCAUAUAGGACAUUCACUGAGGAAGAACCUUGCUAGUUCGGCUAUAGGGGCACUGCUUGCAAGGUUGAACAGCAUUGAUUGCAAGAGCUUCAAGCAUAACAAGUGUCACAAUGGAUUGUGCGCCCAGUUGCUUGACAUCCCACUGAUGUGUCCUAGGAUUCUGGCUGCCAUGGAGCUUCCAUCAACAGUCUUACCCUGCAUUAUGCGCUCGAUCUGGCAGGAACAUUUGCGCGGGAAUCGGCUUUCUUUGCAAACAUUGCAGACAAAAGGAGCUUGGGGUUUAGCUAUAGGUCCAAGCUUAAACAGCAUUAAGCAUCGGAGCCACUGUCACAAUGGUUCGUGCACUCAGUUGCUUGACAUGCAACUGAUGUGUUCCAGAGCACCUGCAGCACUGGAGCUUCCCGCAACAGCAUUAUCCGGCAUUACGCCCACGAUUCACCAGGAACCUUUGCACAGCAAUCGAGUUGUCGGAGAGUUCUGCAACGAGAGUGAUCAGCUUGGGGACAAACAAGCUAUUGCUGACUGCUGCACAAAGCAUAGGUCAUCGAACGCAUUUCAAUACAGCGGGGUAUAUAUUUGAGACUUUCGCAUAUAGGACAUUCACUGAGGAAGAGCCUUGCUAGUUCGGCUAUAGGGGCACUGCUUGCAAGGUUGAACAGCAUUGAUUGCAAGAGCUUCAAGCAUAACAAGUGUCACAAUGGAUCGUGCGCCCAGUUGCUUGACAUCCCACUGAUGUGUCCUAGGAUUCUGGCUGCCAUUUAGCUUCCAGCAAUAGUCUCGCUAGUUGUCGACAUGGAACAGGCUGUUGCAUUGCUCCUGUUUCUGCCGUCAGAGCCAAGCGAAUGAGUGAUGCUUACAGUGCCCAACGAUCAAAAAUCUUUGUGGCUGUCUUUGCCAACCCAUUCGCAGAGAGGAGGAUUGGUGAAAACCACAUGAGCCAGGUGAAAAACCAACAUUUACUCGAGCUCUGCCGCAGUGUCACAUCGCUCGGCGUUUUCCUAAAGUUCCGUAAGCCACGCCAGAGGGGGCCACACCGGGGGCCACACCAGGCCACAGUUGUGUUGAACUGGCGACCAAACCCAUAGGCUCGGCUUGUAAGGUGAAGCUUUUGAGGACCUGUAUUUGCGAGAGGUUGAGAUUCGUCGUGCAAAAGGCCACAAAUCCUCGCCGACCCAAAAUGCCACCAAUGUGCGUCCGCCUGGCGUACACAGGAAUUCGUUCCUGGCGUGCGGCUCAGCUCGGAAUGGCUAUCCCGGCUAUCAAAUCAUCUUGUGUUUUUUGUGGGAAUGUUGGCUUCGAGCGUAAGCAACUCUGCCACAAAAGAAGCUGGUGCAAGCAUUCUGUUGACACAAACAGUCGGUUUGCAUAAAGUCCUUCCGCGUCAGGCUACCUACGACCUUGCCCUGUAAGCAAAAUGUGUGGUCCCUCGAGCUGGCGUAAGCAGCCUACAUAAACACGACUCACACAAAAAUUAAUACAUGGCGUCCAUGUGACCUUUUUUUACUAAACGUAAUCGCGGCAUCGGGACUCCUUCCAAGCGAUACGGCAUCGAAAUCGCAAAGAGCCCACGUGACACCGGCGGAGGCCCGGUGACGCUCUGGGUCUUGGAGGUGACAUGUGGAUCAGAGAGUCCAUAGUCACAGGCCUAGGGCGGUUUCUUUGGAAUGCAGGGCAAGAAGUCUUAGAUACAUCGGGAAGGAUCAGUUUUUUCAGGAGGGCAAGCGCCCAGACACCUACAUUUUUUCACGCACCUGUCGUUUCACGGCCUUGGCACUCUGAGCGCCUUGGGGUAUGCCUCAGGCCCCGAGGCUGAACCACGAGCUGUAGCAAGAAAGGCUCUUUCGUGCACUGGGGGGAGGUUUCUGCGAUUGAAAAGCCAAAGCUGUGACUGGGAACUGUCGAGCUGCGCGGCGGUCAUGAAAUGUGCACAGAAUAUCACACCGUCUUGUUUGGUGAGACUUUCGUCAAUUGCGAAGACAGAGCAGAUGCGACGGUCUGGUGGGCAGGCCAAAGUUUGUCUUUGUGCCUGAAGCUUUCAUUUAUUCCAGUGCCGGUGGGGUGUAUGGCUGGCUGCACACCGGGACCCGUGGACAGGGCUGGACAGUCUUCGCGGCACCUAGAUGCCCUGCGAUGGAAGAGCUUGCUGCAGCUUGCUAACUCUCAACAAGUCUGCCUUUACGUCAGGUGUGCAGUCCAGUGUGUGCCCGGGCGGGUGACUGCGGACGAUGACACUUCCCAGAUAUCCUCCGGCUUCAUGAGACAAUGACUUCCAAGCUCACCCUUCUCUCGCCGCUGGCGUGCCUAUUAAGGAGUGCUCUUUUUUAGCUAGACGCAGAACAUAUUCUUUGGAGGUCAUGGGCCAUUUUUGGCAGAACCGGCGAGUUUGCACUUGAGUGACUGGGAUCCAUGGCGUCAAGGAAACGGUGAGGAUGUGAAAGGCAAAUUGUCUGGCCUCGCUGCCUCACCAUGAAAUUAUUCGGUUGUUUUUCUCGAUUGAUCAGUCUGAAGGUAAAAAGCUGUUGAAAAG